AUGAUAAGCUGGGACGCCUUUCGUCUCGUUACGCCGCCUUGGACAAACUUCUUCAGUGCUCGACCCUCCGCCGCCGGUGCCCAAAAUCAAGUUCCCACCGCCCUCAAUUCGCCGAUCCCGACACUCAUUAGCCAAAAGGGACCGUCGCACGAUCCUAUUCAUCCUUCAGCCAUCGAAACCGCCUGUUGCCGCGCCACUCCCCCCGCUAUCGUGGUGAUGGCCGUGAUGAUGGCGGCCCAAAAUGCGGCUGCUGAGGUGGAGGCUCCUGCCCCGGGCCCAUCAGCUGAUGCCUCUGCGUUUGUACCGGCAAUCUUCGCUUGCGUUGUUGCAGCUGCACUCGGAUACCUCGUCUGA